CGCGUGCAGAUGAGGUCGAGAGCCCACUUGAAGCACAGCAGCGUGCGUCUGGUUCCGGGCCGGGGGAUUGCUUCUUCUUCAUCAGGCGGGUCCAGGUGAUCUCGCACCGAGGAGACGCACCCACGCGCCCACGCACCCAGCCGCCUCAGCGUCCGUCGGCGGAAAUCCUUCCACUCCCUCCCCGGUCUCCAGCACACGAGCGACCGAGUAGAUGUUCAAGUCCAUGCGUUCUCAUCUCCUCAGCUGAAGCCCCAAAUUUCGCCCGCCGAGAUGGAAAAUGCGCACACUAAACCGGCGAGUGAAGUUUUAGACUUGUUCGGCGUGAAUGAAAACACAGGACUGACUCAGGAGCAAGUCAAAGUGCAACUGGACAAAUAUGGGCCGAACGAGCUCCCCGCUGAAGAAGGAAAGUCCCUGUGGGAACUGGUGCUGGAGCAGUUUGAAAACCUUCUCGUCAGGAUCCUGCUCCUCGCUGCCUGUGUCUCCUUUGUGUUGGCUCUGUUUGAGGAGGGGGAGGAGACCGCCACCGCCUUUGUCGAGCCUGUCGUCAUCCUCCUCAUUCUCAUCGCGAACGCCGUUAUUGGUGUCUGGCAGGAGCGAAAUGCCGAGAAUGCCAUCGAGGCACUUAAAGAGUAUGAACCCGAGAUGGGAAAGGUGUACCGCAUGAACCGGAAAGCCGUGCAGAGAAUCAAAGCCAGGGACAUCGUUCCAGGAGACAUAGUCGAGGUGGCAGUCGGUGACAAAGUUCCAGCGGACAUCAGGGUGACCUCUAUCAAGUCCACCACCUUGAGAGUGGACCAAUCCAUCCUCACAGGGGAGUCCGUGUCCAUCAUCAAACACACUGACCCAGUUCCUGACCCCAGAGCUGUCAAUCAAGACAAGAAGAACAUGUUGUUUUCUGGCACCAACAUUGCGGCCGGUCGGGCUAUCGGUGUGGUCGUGGCGACUGGCGUUGCUACCGAAAUUGGCAAAAUCCGCAAUCAGAUGGCGUCGACGGAACAAGAUAAGACGCCGCUGCAGCAGAAGUUGGACGAGUUUGGCGAGCAGCUCUCCAAGGUCAUCUCCCUCAUCUGCGUGGCCGUGUGGGUGAUCAAUAUCGGCCACUUCGGAGACCCCGUCCACGGCGGCUCCUGGGUGCGGGGAGCCAUCUAUUACUUUAAGAUAGCGGUGGCCUUGGCUGUGGCCGCCAUCCCCGAAGGCCUGCCUGCCGUCAUCACCACCUGCCUGGCCCUCGGGACCCGUCGCAUGGCCAAGAAGAACGCCAUCGUGCGCAGUCUGCCCUCAGUGGAGACCCUCGGUUGCACCUCUGUCAUCUGCUCUGACAAGACGGGGACCCUCACCACCAACCAAAUGUCUGUUUGCAGAAUGUUUGUGAUAGACAAAGUGCAGGAUUCAAGCUGCACCCUGCAUGAGUUCUCCAUAACUGGAUCCACGUAUGCACCUGAAGGGCAAAUACUGAAAGGAGACCGGUCAGUCCAGUGUGGAGACUAUGAUGGACUUUUGGAGUUGGCCACCGUGUGUUCCAUGUGCAAUGACUCCUCAUUGGACUACAAUGAGGCCAGAGGGAUGUACGAGAAAGUGGGUGAAGCCACAGAGACUGCCCUGACCACCUUGGUGGAGAAGAUGAACGUCUUCAAAACGGACCUUUCCGGACUGGGCAAGGUGGAGCGUGCUGGGGCCUGCAACUCGGUGAUUAGGCAGCUGAUGAAGAAGGAGUUCACGUUGGAGUUCUCUCGUGACCGCAAGUCCAUGUCAGUCUACUGCACGCCAGUCAAGAUUGGCUCUCAGAGCAAGAUGUUUAUCAAGGGUGCUCCAGAGAGUGUGCUUGAGCGAUGCCAGUACAUGCGUGUGGGAACUGGCAAGGUGGCGCUGACACCCGCGCUGCGUGACCAGCUCAUGUGCAAGGUCCGCGACUGGGGCACAGGCAGGGACACCCUGCGCUGCCUCGCUCUGGCCACGCGUGACAACCCGCCACGCAAAGAGGACAUGGAUUUGGAGAAUUCCAACAAGUUUGUAGACUAUGAGUUGAGCCUCACAUUCAUUGGCUGUGUGGGCAUGCUGGACCCGCCUAGGAAGGAGGUAAUAGGCUCGGUGAAACUCUGCAACGAGGCAGGUAUUCGUGUGAUCAUGAUCACGGGGGACAACAAGGGCACAGCGGUGGCCAUCUGCAGGCGCAUUGGCAUCUUCGGCGAGGAGGACGACGUGACGGGAAAGGCGUACACCGGCCGAGAGUUCGAUGACCUGGCCCCCGAAGCCCAGAAAGAAGCAGUGAAACACGCGCGAUGUUUCGCACGCGUGGAGCCAGCUCACAAGUCGAAGAUUGUUGGAUUCCUGCAGUCCUUCGACGAGAUCACUGCCAUGACUGGAGAUGGAGUGAAUGAUGCCCCCGCCUUGAAGAAAGCGGAGAUUGGCAUCGCCAUGGGCUCGGGUACAGCAGUGGCCAAAUCGGCCUCUGAGAUGGUACUUUCUGAUGAUAACUUCUCCACCAUUGUGUCUGCUGUGGAGGAGGGCAGAGCCAUCUACAACAACAUGAAGCAGUUCAUCAGAUACCUCAUCUCCUCCAACGUGGGCGAAGUCGUGUGCAUCUUCCUGACAGCCAUUCUGGGUCUCCCCGAAGCUUUGAUACCAGUCCAGUUGUUGUGGGUUAAUCUGGUGACUGAUGGUCUGCCUGCCACCGCCCUGGGCUUUAACCCCCCUGACUUGGACAUCAUGGACAAACCUCCGCGUAAUCCCAAAGAACCUCUCAUCUCAGGAUGGCUUUUCUUCCGCUACUUGGCCAUUGGAGGCUAUGUGGGUCUUGGGACAGUGAGUGCAGCCACGUGGUGGUACCUGUUUGAUGAAGAAGGGCCACACGUGUCUUUUUAUCAGCUGAGACACUUCAUGCAGUGCACCGAGGAGAACCCAGUGUUUCAGGGAAUAGAUUGUGGGGUGUUUGAAUCCCGCUACCCCACCACCAUGGCCCUGUCUGUGCUUGUCACCAUCGAAAUGUUCAACGCGCUCAACAGUUUGUCUGAGAACCAGUCCCUUGUUAGAAUGCCUCCCUGGGUCAAUAUUUGGUUACUGGGAGCCAUCAUCCUUUCGCUCUCCCUCCACUUCUUAAUCCUUUAUGUUGAGCCUAUGCCACUGAUCUUCCAGGUGACCCCUCUGCGAUGGUCUCAAUGGACCGUGGUCCUGAAAAUUUCAAUCCCUGUCAUCCUCCUUGAUGAGGCACUAAAAUAUAUUUCCAGGAAUCAUCUUGAAGCCUAAAUAUUUCUCUCCCCUUCUAUGGAAAGGUGAUGAUGACAACAAGUACAGAAAGAGAUGGCAGCAGAAUUAAGUCGUCUCCCUCAAACACGCUCACACAGUUAGACGCAAGCCUUCCUUCUUCCCUUUCCAAGCGGCAACACCUGACUCAUCCUUCCCUACUCCUGCGUUUUGGAUGAACCGCCACUACACGGUCAAGAGACAUGCGUGAGAACGCAUGUGCACGACAAAGAAAGCCGCUGCGCGCUUUGGCUUGAGUGCGAGAGUGAAUGAGGGCAACUGUUUGAGACGUCUGCAGUUAUUUUGUUGUUGUUGUUCUUACAGUACAGUAGUGCAAAUUGAGCGGUGCGUUCGCUGGACAAGAAAGGAGAGCAGUGGAAUGGGGAUUAAUAAUCCGGGGGGGGGGGGGGGGGGUGUUAAAGGGAAGACAAAUCUAAAUUAUCACAGAGAUGGAAAGGUGAUUACUGAUUGGUUGCUUGUGGCUAAAUGCGGCUCUUGAGCUAUUGUGUGUGUGUGUGUGUGUCAGGUCACUUUAGAGCGUUACCAAACCUGUGUGUGCAUGUGUGGUACUGCCCAAGCUUCUGCAAAUCAGUUUUCUAGGAGCACAGUCGUGUGAUAAUGUGAUCCGGUUGUCGUCCCAGUAAAGCUUUGUCGUCACGCUUCGUCUUUCCCCUCAGCUCUAAUGGUGUUGCAGUGCUCAACUGUCUUGUUCUGACUGCACUCGCACUGUCUGUGUGAAUAGCUUUACGCCGCUUGACCGCUUUCUUCAAUGCCUUACUUGCGGGGCCCACCUUAAAGACUUGGCGACAAAUGAAAAGUCAAAUAAAAAAAAAAGUCAAACGUCAAGCGGCAAUGAAACCAACGUAUCAGUGGUGUCGUCAUUCGGACCUUUUUAAUUUAUUCCGUGUGCGCACGACUUUCGCGUGAAAUUUCAGAAUGAAAAAUGUACUUUAACCUUUACAUGUACAAAGUGCAGGUAUUUGGGGCCAUCUCAACUGUUCAGCGCAGAUGUCCAACUGUUCAAUGUUUCAGUACUUUUCGCACAAGUUGCUGUUCUCUAACAAAGACUUAAACAGCAAACAAGCGCUAUCCCAGGACGUCCACUUUUAUGGCUUUCUGCUACAUUUUCCGUCUCUCUGUAGCUCUGUUGCAAUCUGCUGAUGACACUGUGCCUCUCUAAGCUUAGCGGCCACUUUCCUCUGAGAACACCCUGUUUGAAAGCCUGCAAUGACGAGGUACGAUCGAUCCACUGUUUAGCUUUUGUCUUGAUGUCAUGAUAUCAAAAUGUGAACAGAAUUGGUAUUUAAACCGUCCUCUUCAUCAUAGAGGACGGUUUAAAUACCACUGAUUGAACCAGGAAACGUAUGGUAGUUUGAUGAAUUAAAACAUAUUGUGAAUUUUUGCCGAGAUGUGCAAAAAGUAGUGAAACAUCGAACAGUUGGAAAUGCGGAUUGAAAGGUUUUGAGAAGAGCACGUUAAUUUCUCCUGUAAAGGUUACGGAGCACCUUAGGUUAAUCCUGAAAAUUCACCCGAAAGCCGACUAUCCCUAAAUUUUUGUGAGUACUGUAUAUAUUACUGUAAGCUAAUAAAUAUUUCAGCCUCUGAGUCGAACAUAUUGUACAAUAUAAGUUAAAGAAUGGCAAGUAGGCUGCUUGUCUCUCCAGAAAAGAUGAAAUCACACCAUGCCUUAUACAGCCCCACUGCACCACCACUUUGAACAAGUGGUGAAAAUGAAUGUCUGCGUAAUACUCACUGCUACCACUCAAAAGAUGCUUGGCCCAAAAGCGAGGUGUUGGUCCUCAGGAUGUUUAUGGAAAACCUGAUUUUUUUUUUUUUUUUUUUUUUUUUUUUUUUUUUUUUCUCCCCCCCCCCCUCUUCUUCGAGUAUGUGUGCUUUGUGCGCUGCUCUUUCACUCCUCCCACGUUCUCGGUCUUUUAGCAACUCAAUUGGUAAUGUUUUAUAUAAUUAAAUGUAUUUGACUGAAUGAACACGCAGGGUUGAGAGUGUAUGUUUUAUCUCUUAAUUAUUGGUUUCGUGCCAGGUCCUGGUGCUAUGUGGACCAGGUCCCAGUGAUUUUUUUGCUUUAUUUUAUUUUAUUUUGGUCCGCUUGCCCAUUGCUUGCGCACAUAAACAGAAAAAGUGCUGGAUUUAAAAGUAAGAGGGUGAUAAUGUUCCCAAUGAAUUCCGCGAGAUGUGUAAAAAUAGCUUUCAUAAUAAUGUUUUGAACACCAAGGGAGAGAGUGUGCUCAGAACCACCUGCUCCCGUGUCCUGGUUUUCCAUGGCUCUGCAACCUCUGGCCACCAGGCAAUGUAGAGGUCUGUAUACGCUUAUUUACUACUGAAUCCUCAGUUCUGUACAGAAGAUGAAUAUAUGAUUGCAUGGAGUCACGUUACUGUAAUAAUAACCUAUACAGUAUAUAGAUUGUUUUGAGCGAUAGCAAUGAAUGAAUGACUUCUUUUUUCCCCUUUCAGCACUUCUUACUGUUUUUGUAGACUAGACAGAUAUUUAUCUUUUUGGGGAGGGGUUUACAUUUUUUUGUGGUUUUUUUUGUGUUUGACUGUAGGGGAAGAAUAUGGCAUCAAACUCAAGAAUCAUUGCUUACUCUGGUUAACUGAUCAUUUCAGUUUGUUGGUCUGGGAAUGGUCAAAAGAUUUGUGUCGGAAUUGUGGUUAACACUGAGCAAGUGGCAGUAAUGGAUUCUGGGUAAUGAAGUUUUAUGACUGUACAGUGAAGGGCUUGACGUGGAUGCAGGCUCUAGAGACCCCUGACGCGCCUUAAAAAUUGGACACCCUGGUAGGACUGCCAUCGUGGUACUCCUGCCAUCUCGGAUAACCUGGUUUACCAACAGUAGUGGGAUGAUAAUGUUCAUAUCAAGAACACCUAACAAUUUUAAGAAAAAUAAAGUCUCUAGAGCCUGACUUCUACCUCUGAAAAUGGAAAAGAUAGUCUGUAUUGCCUUGUUAAUAUUGAAUGUGGACACAUUUUAUAUAAAACAAAGACGUGGAAAUAAAGAUUAUUUAUCUUA